AUGGCGGGAGGCAAUGCCGAGAAGGGACAACGCUACAUCGUGGCCUUGGACCAGGCGCGGGCCCAAGGGAAAUGGGAAGAAGUCCCUGAAUUGAUCCGAAAGGUCACCAAGCACGCCCCGAACCGAACUUGUGUCAUUCAAACUGCAACUGCCGAAUCUCGAGUCGUAGCAUAUUUGCAGCAAAAGACAACUACCGAAUCCGCAUCUACGCCUAAUUUGCCUGAACUGAUUCCCGCUUUGUUGACAACGAUUGAGAACAAUGACGGCACCCCGCAGGAGAUCGUACAGGCUCGUGUAUGCCUAGGAUGGAUCCAUUGGACUCUUAAUGAGCCGGGUUUAGCGGCCAGUCGACUUCCUAAGGACUUCACAGGCACUAUUGAUGCUCUCUUGAACGAAGGACAUGACCUAUCUAUGUGGACUGAGGUCUGUUUGGUCAAGGGAUGUUAUAUUAAGGGCUCUGCGCAGUCAACAGUUGCAAGCAUUGGUGAAACUUUGGAGACUUUCGCAGCCUUAAUCCCGUGGCUCAGUAACGGCAAGCUCACCACCAAUGCCAAUUCCCAGUUUCUGAGCUGGACCGAGACACUACUUGGGAAGGGAGCUGUGAUGGCCAGCGAAGAAGCCGGCACGGCCACACCAUACUCAGAUCCAAGACACGUGGAGAUUGCACUUCGGCUGUUUAGGCUGUGGUCUGUGCAUCCUGCGGUCAAGGGGGGCGCUGGCUCUCCCAAGGCUGCAUAUGCAGGUGCUCCAGGCCAACCCUCACGUACAUCGAUCUGGAAGUCUUAUUAUCUCUUCCUUACAAUUGUACUCCAGGAUGCCUUGGCCUACCCAUCUCCACACGAUGGGCCAGGCCGCCCGCAGCUUGCUAGUGAAUUGCGUCGAGUUGAGGCCAUCUGUGAGGGCAACCUUCUCAGGGAGGUCAAGUUUCCCACUGCUAGCUCCGACAACUCACAGGUUGAAGAAUGGAUAGAGCAAGUGAUUGGCAACUGGGAGGUAUUAUGCGGCCCUCAGUGGCAGGACAAUGAUCUCGGUGAUGGAGGUCAAGCUGUCGUGGGUCGCAAUGUCCUUGAUAUUCUAUACCGCGCGGCAACAAAAACAUACCAUUCGCACCUGAUUUUAAGACGACUAUUCCAUGUCCACUCGGCGCUGGCAGAGUUCGACCUUGCUAUGCGGGCACUGGAUUCUUACAUCGAGAUUGUCACUGGCGCCAAAGAGCGAGCUAAGAAGUCGGCCGAAUACGGAGAACUAGAGAAGGAUGAGAUUUUGUUACAAACGCUGUCCGAGGGUAUCAUUUUAUUGAGCUCUUUGGGGUCCUACGAGGAAGCAGAGAAAGCCAAGAAUUUGACGGAACUUAUCAGAGAGUAUACCGAUAGCCAGGUGACAAGUCAAACAGAGGGUCAGAGCAACGGGAAGCUCCUACUUUCACAUGGUCCUAACUGUACCAAUUCUCCAGAUAUCCCUGUCGCCGUACUAGCAAUAUCCUACCGAGCGAUCGGGGUUGGUCUCGCCAAUUGGGCUAGCUACACCCCCCUUAAUGAGGCCCGAGACGAGAUCCGGAGUGAAGCAAUUGAGUACUUGGAGAAAAGUAUUGACCCUGAGCUCGGUCAAGAGACUAGUUUCGCUUCUCUAUAUACACUGGCCCUUACGUUGGCUGAAAACAGAGAUCUGGAUAGCGCUAUCGAUUAUGCAAAGUCCGCUCUAGCUUCACACAACUCGUCUCCUGUGGCCGAGGACCUUUCUAAACAGCGAGAUCUUGUGCCGCUAUGGCAUCUUCUCGCAUUGUUGCUUAGUGCCAAGCAAGAGUUUGACAUCGCUGAGCGAUCAUGUGAGGCAGCGUUUGAGCAUUUCCCCGCAGAUAUUUUCCCCAAAGCUCAUCGCGAGCGACGUUCAUCAAGACAUUCCCAAAAUGGGCCUGGGGGCACAAAGCGCUCUCUAAUCAGCCGAUUGCAGGGUCGGGAGAAGGAGCGUAUUCUCCAAACUCGCAUUACACAGCUCGCAUUCACCGAAGUCCUAGAAGGUCCCGAGGCCGCUGUCAACCAGAGUGAACAGCUACUUGGUCUCUUCGGCAAUCUCUUCCAUGAGCUGGAGCUCGAAGAAGGUCCAAAGAAGUCAGAUCAUCUGGUCCCACCAAAGAGUUCUGCAGGCACGACCAAGAGCUUCCGCAGCAGUAUCUUCCAUCGAAACCGGGCAUCCCAACUACCUGAACGCCAUGCCGAUCGAUCGACGAGCUCGCAAUCUGCAGUGCCACCAGUCCCAUCGCUUCCAAACGGCCACUCUUCCGACGCCCCAGAGAUCCAAGUGACGGACGAAGACCCUGAUCAGAGUCCAAGGCUUGGACGAUCAGACUCCAAAAAGUUAAGAAAGAGAAGCGGCAGUUCCCAUAGACCUGAUAGAUCACGAGGUCAAGAUUCAUCUACGCCCCGCGAAGAUGAGGUGGGCAUUGCAGUGUCUGGAAACUCUACACCGGUGCUUCGGGAUUACUCCCAAUCCCCUCUUGCCAACCAGCCUCUUCAGCCAAUUGCUCAUAAUGUGCACCACCAGUUGCAACCGCAACCCGUUGGCCAUGAGGAUCAACCCCCGCGGCAAGAUCUUAGACUUCCCUCUUGUCAUAGAUUCGAUUCGCCUACAAACGCCACCACCACAUUUUCUACCAUUCAAUCUAAGAAACAUGCACUCGCUUUGCUCGUCAAAAUCUGGUUAAUCAUCGCUGGACUCUACCGCCGAGCAUCUUUAUUCGAUGACGCACGUGAGGCCUGUGAGGAAGCAUUAAAGCAAACUACGCGGAUGGAAGCCUUAGCCUCAACCGAGGAGUCUUCGGCUCGUCAUCUCAGCUCACGAGGUUGGACUGCUGCCAAGAGCCCGGAGGAACUCUGGGCGGAGGUCUAUACCGAAGAGGGACUCCUAUGUCAGGCCUUGGGAAAGCCUCACCAGGCUAUGAAAUACUACGAAGAUGCACUCCUCCGCCAUCCAGAACACCCAAUAGCAACUAUUGCACUUGCAAAUCUCCUUCUGGAUAUUUGGGACCAAAAGCUUGCACCCGAGUCGGCAAAAACAGACGUGGACAUCAAUGUCUCCCGUCUCUCCCUUUUAUCUGAUAGUGACAAGUUGAAGGCCGCCCGUGCCAUUUCGGCUGAUGAGCUCAAGACCCCCGAGGUGGCUGAAAUCCCAACACCUGUCUCAGUAUCCGAGUCGCCUCACGAAGUUGACCCGAAGCACCUUCAUCGCCUUGCUGCUCGCGAUCGUGCCUACGGACUUUUGUCGGUGCUGACUAAGCUUGGCAGCUCGUGGGACAACUCCGAGGCCUGGUACGCCCUGUCUCGCGCUUACGAGGCUGGUGACCAGAUCGAGAAACUGAAGGAGGUUCUCUGGUGGUGCAUUGAGCUUGAAGACCGUCGGCCAAUCCGACACUGGUCUAACAUUAGCUCUGGUCUAUAUGUGCUCUGA